GUGUUGGCCUUCAUUGUGCCACAUACUGUUUGUAUGGCUACAAUUGGUUUCUCUCAAAUUUAGCCAAACCCCACUUAUGUUCCAUAUAAUGAUGCAACUCUUCGUCACUUCAACUUCUCGCUCUCUUCAGCUUUGAGCUGUUGUAAGGGAAAUGCUGGCUGGUUUCAUAUCAUUCUUCUAUUGAUCUUUCCCAUGGCACUUCAAGCAAACAAGGUUUCUGGCAGAACUUUUGUGAGUCCGAGGACAAGUACCUCUAGAUCCUAUGGAGCUAUAUGCUCUUUUGCAAAGUCAAUGCCACAAUGUAAGCUACAGUCUCAAGAUCAUGGAAUUGAGUUGCGGCAACUGAGCAGUGCUCAUCUCUUGACAGCAAAAUUAGGUUCUGGUGAUAAUUUGUGGGGAAUACAUGUGCAGUCAGUUAGUCACAUUGCCUUUCGGAGGUCAUCCACAUUGUGCCAUUCCACACGAAGUCCUGGGACUGAGGAGAAAGAACGUGUUAGAUCUUAUGGUGAUUGUUCUGAUACCAGUGCACAAAUUAGAGAAGAAGAUGAAUGCUCAGUUGCGUCUGGGACAAUUCUUCACCCAAAUCAGGGAUUAGCUGAAGCUUGCAAGUUUGUGUACAAUGAUGCAAAGUUUGUAAAUGAAAGAGCUCGUCACGACAUGAUCUUGAUCUCACGUGGAAUUAUGAGACUGGAUGCCCGUGCACGCAAAGAUAUUGCUAUUAUUAGCUCAGGCUUUCUUAAACUCGAUGCUCGAGCAAGACAGGACACGGAGAAAAUUGAUCGCAAUGUGAAGAAAAAAGCCGAGCGUCUUCAUCGUCUUGCAGAAAUUUUAAAGGAAAGAGCUGAGUCUAGACUAAAAACUGCUGCUGAUAAGCAUUGGAGUGAUGGAGCUUUAGAGGCAGAUAUACGCCGUGCUGACUUACGUGCCAAGCAACGAGCAAUGGAAGAUGCCCUAAUGGCUUUGGAGUUUGUCAAGAAUAUCCAUGAUUUGAUGGUGAGCAAAACGUACAGCUUCUCUCUGCAGAAGGAAAAAGGUUCAACAUCAACUAAUGAGUUUCUGGGACGUAUUAUGCUUGAGAAAAAUGGAAGGACUCUGGAUUUCUUUCCUGGAGAAAUUUCUACAGAUCGCAUUACUGCUAUUCAGGAAGCUUAUUGGGGUAUGGCAUCUGCAUUCUCUGAAGCUGAUGGUAUUGACUAUACUGAUCCUGAAGAGCUUGAGUUGUUAGUUACAACUCUAAUAGAUCUUGAUGCAAUGGACGGCAAAAGCAGUGUAUCUUUAUUGGCAGAAUGUUCAAGUUCUCCAGAUGUUAAUACGAGGCAAGCAUUGGCAAAUGCAUUAGCAGCAGCCCCAUCAAUGUGGACACUUGGGAAUGCAGGCAUGGGAGCUCUGCAGAGACUGGCAGAAGACCGAAACCCGGCAAUUGCUGGUGCAGCAUCAAGAACUAUUUAUGAACUGAAGAAACAGUGGGAAAUAGAGGAAGGAGAUAGCUGGAGGUUCAUGAUGAAUAAAAAAUUUGAAGAGAAUGAUGCAGCUGACCAAGAAGAUACAGAAUGAGAAUUGAGCAGCACAUCCAUACACUUAACACUGUAGAUAUGUAUUUGUAGACAGUAGGUCUAUAAAUUACAGGUUUAACCCAUUAAUCCAACCAGAUGUAAUGAAAAGGGCCAUCAUAUUUUAGUGGUCCUUUAAAUUUAUAUCCAAGUUAUGCUCAAGGAUUUAGAUCUGCCAGUCUUAUUCCAAUUUCAGGAAUUUAUUUGGUGGAUUCUACCAGCUCGUUCUUCAUGGAUCAUGUGCAAGAAAUUUCCUAUGAAAUAUGUGCUCAUAUUUGUACCAUGUACAAGCAUUAUGUAAGGCCAUUUUGGCUCCUAAUUGUUUA